AUGCUACAAUCAUCACUUCCGGGUUGUAUUCCGGUAACCAAAAUCUGCACGCGCAACACGCCGAGUGACCGUGGGCAGAAUGGAGUAUGUGAAUGGGCCGUUUGGCUUGAAUUGGCACCAGCCUCCAAAAACAUUGCAGCGGCAGCGAUGGCGAACAGUGCUGGGGAGGCCUGUGUGAUGGGAGAAGGAGGAGAAUACAAGAUGAUCAUAGUUGUGCGAAAUGACCUGAAGAUGGGCAAAGGCAAAGUUGCUGCACAGUGUUCCCACGCGGCUGUGUCUGCUUACAAACAAGUCCAAAAGAGACACCCAGAGCUGCUGAAGGAGUGGGAGUACUGUGGCCAACCCAAGGUGGUGGUGAAGGCUCCAGAUGAAGAAACGCUCAUAGAUUUGCUGGCCCGCGCUAAAGAAAUGGGACUUCCCGUUAGUUUAAUCCAGGAUGCAGGCCGGACACAGAUUGCUCCGGGUUCACGCACAGUAUUGGGGAUUGGUCCUGGUCCAUCGGAUUUGGUUGAUAUGGUCACUGGAGAGCUCAAACUUUAUUAA